AUGUCAUCAUUGCCAAGAAGAGCGAAAGUCAAAGUCCAGACAGAAGUGUCCAAAGACGAAUGCUCUUUUUUUUCUGAGUCGUCAUCUGCAUCUGAUGAAGAUGACAAGGAAGAUAGCGUCUGGGAGCCUCAAAAUAAAGUCCCCAAAAGCCGUAAACCACGUGUGCCUAAGGAACCUAAGGUACCUAAGCCAAAGAAGGUGCCGCGGGUGAAGAAGCACACCCCCAAGAUCGGUGAUGAUGUAGAGGACGUGGUUGUUAAGGAGGAGCUGAAUAACUCUGUGGCUAUUGAUGUUGAUUUGCAAGACAGAAAAAAUGAAUUGAAUAUUGUGAAGACUCCAAAAACAUUACAGAAAAAGCGGAAAAAUUCAGCCCAGUCAGGGACAAACAUCACUCAGAAGUCUAAAAAGCAGAAAGUUGAAGAAACCAGCAGAGUUACCAACUUAGAAGGUGAGAAUAGCAGUCCAGAGACACCAUCGACAAGCACCCUGUGGGAAGGUGCAUGCAAGAAGGAAAAGAAUGAAGAAGACUUCACAUUUGGACAGUCUCCUCUAAAGAAAAUGAAGACUACAACAUGUCCUCAGGGACAGCCUGUAAAGUUUCCAGCGAAUGCCAACAGUAAGGAAGAGGUGCAAAUGAACUGGGACAUAGUGCAGGUUUUAUCUGAGAGAACUAAUAUUGAACUUUGGGUUUGUGCCAACAUCAUUCGUCUGUUUAAUGAUGAAAAUACUAUUCCCUUCAUUGUACGUUACCGGAAAGAGCUCAUUAAUAACCUUGAUGCUGAUUCCUUGAGAGAAGUUCAACAAACACUAGAGGACCUGAGGGCUGUUGCAAAAAAGGUUCACAGUACAAUCCAGAAAAUUAAAAAAGAUGGGAAGAUGUCAGAGUGCUUGUUUAAGGCUUUGCUGAACUGUAAAACUUUUGAAGAACUAGAACAUGUGUCUGCCCCUUAUAAAACUGGGAGCAAAGGCACCAAAGCCCAGAGAGCAAAACAAUUGGGCUUAGAAGGAGCAGCCAGAACACUGCUGGAGAACCCCGGGGCGCUCAAUCUGCUCUCCUACCUUAAACCCAACGUGAAAGGGCUUUCAACACUCUUGGAGAUUGAAACAGGAGUACAGCAUAUUUUAGCAGACAUGAUUGCUAAAGACAAAGAUACACUUGACUUCAUUCGGACAUUGUGCCAAAAUAGACCCAUUUGUAUCCAGUCAAGUCUGGCAAAAAUGUCCUCAACAAAGGUAAAUGAAAAGGAUGUCGACAAGUUUCAGCUUUAUCAGAAUUUUUCAUGCUACAUAAGAAAUAUCCAUCAUCAUCAGAUUUUGGCAAUUAAUCGUGGAGAAAAUUUGAAAAUAUUGACAGUCAAGAUCAACUUUCCUGACCAAGUGAAGAAUGAAUUUUGUAGAUGGUGUAUCCAAAACAGGUGGAGACCACGUGGCUUUGCAAGACCAGAGUUGAUGAAGGUGUUACAUAAUUCACUGGAUGAUUCCUUUAAACGUCUUAUUUAUCCACUCCUCUGUAGAGAGUUCAGAGCCAAACUGACAUCAGAUGCAGAAAAGGAAUCAGUAAUGAUGUUUGGACGGAAUCUUCGUCAGCUUCUUUUAACAAGUCCUGUUCGAGGGCGCACCUUAAUGGGAGUGGAUCCUGGUUAUAAACAUGGUUGCAAAUUAGCUAUAAUUUCUCCUACCAGUCAGAUACUUCAUACUGAUGUGGUGUACUUGCAUUCUGGACAAGGCUUCCGAGAGGCAGAGAAAAUAAAGAAACUUUUGCUGAAUUUCAAUUGUAGCACAGUGGUGAUUGGAAAUGGAACUGCCUGCCGAGAAACAGAAGCUUAUUUUGCUGACCUGAUAAUGAAAAAUUACUUUGCACCACUGGAUGUUGUUUACUGUAUUGUCAGUGAAGCAGGAGCAUCGAUUUAUAGUGUUAGUCCUGAAGCUAACAAAGAGAUGCCGGGCCUGGAUCCUAACUUGAGAAGUGCAGUUUCCAUAGCAAGGCGUGUACAAGAUCCAUUAGCUGAACUAGUGAAAAUUGAGCCGAAGCACAUCGGUGUUGGAAUGUAUCAGCAUGAUGUUUCCCAGAUUUUACUCAAGGCAACACUGGACAGUAUUGUAGAAGAAUGUGUCAGCUUUGUGGGAGUGGAUAUUAACAUCUGUUCAGAAGUUUUGUUAAGGCAUAUUGCAGGACUCAAUGCCAACCGAGCCAAGAAUAUUAUUGAAUGGCGAGAGAAAAAUGGGCCCUUUAUCAACCGUGAACAGUUAAAGAAGGUCAAAGGACUAGGUCCAAAAUCCUUCCAACAGUGUGCUGGCUUCAUCAGAAUCAACCAGGACUAUAUUCAAACAUUUUGCAGUCAGCACACUGACUCUUCAGCUGAUGUUGGGGUAACAAAUGAGAAGCAAGGCAAGAAAAAGAGCAAAACUCCAGUGAAUGUUGUGCUAAAGCCAAAUCCCUUGGACCAAACUUGUAUUCACCCAGAAUCAUAUGACAUAGCAGUGAGGUUCUUAUCAGCCAUUGGAGGGACAUUGCACGAGAUUGGAAAGCCUGAAAUGCAACAAAAAAUAAAUUCAUUGCUUGAAAAGGAUGGCAUACAAAAAAUUGCAGAAGGAAUGCAAACUACGGUCCCUACCUUACAAGUAAUCAUCGAUGGUCUCAGCCAACCUGAAAGCUAUGACUUCAGGACAGAUUUUGAUCAACCUGAUUUUAAGAGAAGCAUAGUCUGUCUGGAAGAUCUGCAGGUUGGGGCAGUUCUUACAGGCAAAGUCCAGAAUGCCACGUUGUUUGGAAUUUUUGUGGAUAUAGGCGUUGGGAAAGCAGGGCUGAUUCCUAUAAGAAAUGUAACAGAAGCCAAACUUUCUAAAACAAAGAAGAGAAGGAGUCUCGGACUAGGCCCUGGAGAAAGAGUGGAAGUCCGAGUAGUACAAGUUGACCUUCCUCGAUCCAGGAUUACCCUGGACCUCAUUCGGGUGUUGUAA